CAUGAUGCAUUGCAGCCGGAACCGAUAAAUAAUAUUAGCAAUCAGCUGACUCGGUUGUUGAUGGGAGGUUUUGUGACAGUUUGAAUAUAACUGUUUGUUCACGCAAAGCGCUUGACGUGAUCGCAGGCUAGAAUUGAAAGCUAUGUUGCGGCCAAAGGCGUUAACGCAGGUUCUCAGCCAAGCGAACACAAACGGAGUCCAGAGCACGCUCUUGUUGAACAAUGAAGGGUCCCUUCUGGCUUAUUCUGGAUAUGGAGACACUGAUGCUCGAGUUACAGCUGCCAUCGCCAGCAACAUCUGGGCAGCCUAUGACAAGAAUGGCCACCUCGCCUUCAACGAGGACAAACUCACGUUCAUACUCAUGGACUGCAUGGAGGGCAGAGUGGCCAUCACCCGUGUAGCCAACCUGCUGCUGUGUAUGUACGCCAAAGAGACCGUGGGCUUUGGGAUGCUCAAAGCAAAGGCCGAAGCUCUGGUGGAGUAUCUGGAGGAGCCACUAACACAAGUAGCUGCGUCAUAGUGGAGACGGGAGCAUCACUGCUCUCUGCCUGGUGAAGGAAGCAUCAUUCGACCCAGGUCAUUUAGGAACUACUGUAACAUUCUGUUUAUUCACAAAGUGCGCCGUGCAUUUUUAUCUGAGUGGUGGAGUGAGUUUGUGUGGGCUGGGUGACUGCCACUCUGUGUAUUUAUAAUCAUAGCAUUGAAACAACUUGGCUGAGUUUUUCUCUCUUCGCUCUCGUUUGUGAUUCUUUCCUGAAAGUCCGCAUAAUAUGUGGACUCCAGUACGACGUGUGCAUGUACAACUGCCCGAGUGACUCUGUAGCAGUUGUAAAUCAGGCAUGUCAGCCAAUGUUGAAAAGAAAAUUGAAUAUUUUUUUGAGGUAUAUGGAUGUAUGAAAGAGUAUGUGUCUGAUAAAAUGCAGUAAACAUGAUUUGCUACUUGUUGAUUUACAGAUGUCAAAUAAACACAUUUUGGAGUAA